AUGAAACGAACAUGUGAUUCUAGGGAUUUUGCGACUUCUUUUUUGCGAAGCCUGGGAGCAGCAGAUGCAGCUCCUGUCAUUCAUAGAUUACUCGCCAGAGCAUUAAUUCCAAAAGAAAAAAGAGAAGCUCCUGCAAAAGUCGGUUUGAGCGGCUGGUACGAUAUUGCCGCCGCCAAGCUGCGCAGAAUGAAGUGUUUGUCUGGUAGCUUUGAGACGGAACUUAUACGCAUUUGCCGUGAAGACUUGCGACUAUCCGUGGACUCGCGAACAAAUUCUGUGGAUCUUCCCCUUAUCAUCAUCGAUGGCCUGAUAAUGUCAAAAGAGAACCAAGACUUUGUAGGUGCUCUGUACGAGGCAGUCCUUGAAUCCGAGAUCACUGCCUUGAUUCUUGUGAAGGAAGAUUCUUGGGCUAAUGAGCUGAUUACGCUCAAUGGUGGAACGCAGAUUCUUCCCGUGGACCAGGUGAUCAACAAUCCAAGAGAAGAUGCCACAAAGCCAUUCACAGCUACCCCACAAUGGAAGGGACUGGGUUGGAGGCUUCGUGACAUCCAAGCUUUCGCGGACAUGGAGGGAAUCAAAGAUGUCGCUCUUCGUGAAGGAAUGACUCCCCAGUAA